UCAAUUAAAACAGAAGCUAUUCAAAUUUUAAAAAAUGAUAGAAAUGAAAAUAUUAAAAAUAAAACAAUUUUAUUAUCAAAAAAAUCAACAUCAUCAAUAUCAUCAUCAAGUUCGUCAACAUCAUCAAAAUCAUCGAAUUCAAUAACAUCAACAUCAUCAUCAAUAUCAACAUCAAGUUUAUCAUUACAAUUAUUAUCAAAAAAAAUACCAAUAUCGUCAACAUUACCAUUAUCAUCAUCAUCAUCAAAAACAUCAUUUACAUUGCCACAAACAAUUGCAAAACGUUUUUCAUUUCCAUUCCCAACAUGGUCAUCAACAAAUUUAUCAAAAUUAAAAAAAACAAUUAAAACAUCAACAAUAUUAUCAUCAUCCUCCACAUUAUUAGCAACAUCCCGUCAUAAUUGUAAACAAGUCGAAAAACAACCACAGCAACAACGAUAUUGUAAUCAUCACCAACAACAAUAUCAUCAAUGCAAUCAUAAUAGUUGUGAUGAUUAUAAUCAUUCUCAUUAUAUUCAUAAUCAAAAUAAUAAUAAUAAUAAUAAUAAUGAUAAUGAUAAUGAUAACAAUACUAAGAAUAGUAAAAAUAUUACUAAAAGUGAUAAUUUAAGAAACUGUUAUACUUGUAUAUCUUGUCGAUUACCACAACGUUCUAAUUCAUUCUAUAGUGGUUUAUUAGAAAUUGGGAACCUUCAAGAACAACAACAAACAGAAAAACACAAUAAACAGAAACAAAGACAAAAAUUACGUAAAUUUAAUAGCAUUAGUGAUGCUACAAUUUCAAAACCAGUCAUCACAACAUUACGUCCAUCAUCAUCUACAUCAGUGAAUAUUGAUGCUGAUGUAAGCGACCAAAGAGGAAAAGGAGAAAUUCCUAAAUUCAGUAAAUGCAGACGAGCAUUUGUUUCGUCUGAGAAUAUUGCUGUAGCUUCAACAAUUGAAAAUAAACCUUUGAUAUCAAUAUUCUCAACAAAUUCAAUUAGAAAAUCAAUAAACAGAUCGUUGCAUUUAUCACAUGAUAAAAUAUUAAAUAAUUUAAGGAAAAUAUCAUUACAAUCAAAUAGUAAAUCUAUUGUUAGUAACAAUAUUAAUACGAAUAAUAACAACGAUAACAAUAGUAGCUAUAAUCAAAAUUUUGAACCAAUUAUAAAAAAGGAAGGAGCAAUAAUAAUCAAAUCAAAGGACCACAAACAAUUUAAAUUUCAUCAUAAACAAUUUAUUGUAUCAGAUAGCAAUCAAAAUAGCAAUAUUAAAAAUAAAAGUCAAAAUUCUAUAAAUAACAACCAUAAGAAUUGUAGCAACACAACUUGUAAUAUAAUAAAUAACUGCAAAUAUAAUUGCAGAAAUAACGAAAAUUAUAUUCAUAAAAACGGCAGCUUUAUUAUGAAUAGUCACGCUGCAACAGCAACAGCAUUAAAUUUACAAUCAUCUGGACAAAACUCGGUCGUUGGUCAUCAUAGGGGUUUCUCUCAACCAACUGUAGCAGCAGCAACAAAUUCUGGUGAUCCAUGGUUUUUACAGUCAACAGGCCAUCAAAUGCCACCGACAGCACCUGCUAGACAUAAUAAACGUCCAGCACCACAACCUGGUAGUGCGGCUCAAAUUAAUUCAAUAAGCGGAGGAAAUAAUUCAACGCUUGGUAUACCAAUUGUUGGAAGUGGUUUAUUACAACAGCAACAACAUAGUCAAUCUCAACCACAUAUUGUUCCACCGACAGUACCACCACAUCAAAGUAGUAUAAAUCAGCAUAACUCUAUACAUCUUUCCUCGCACGCUUUAAGUAGUCAUAAUUUAUUAUCUUCAAAUCAUACACCAAAAUCUCCAAAUCAACAACAAAUUCUUCAACAACAACAACAACAGCAACAUCAUCUUUUAUCUUCGCAUCAAUUACAGCAGCAAACAACAAAUUCUACAUGUCAAACGUCUCAAUUAUUAAGUAAUUCUAAUAAUAACAUUAUGUCAACAUCUUUAAAUACAACACAACUGCCAAGCCAUUUAAAUGCAUCAAAUGUUGGUGUUGUUGGACAAAGUUUAAAUAGUGGUACAGGAAAGCCACAACAUCCACUCCCAGGAAUGCUUCCAUCAAAUAUUAACAUACAACAACAACAACAACAACCACCAUCAUUACCACCAACUUCAUCAAUUCAUGUACCAAUUGGGUCUAAUGUUAUGUCAUCAUCCUUACAUCAAUAUGAAGCUAACGGUGGUGGUGGUACAUGGAAUAGUACGUCAUCACUGUCGCCUACUAUAUCAAAUGCCUCAUCAACAUCGUCAAAUACACAUUUACAUGGAAAUAGCGGUGGAUCACAGCAGGCUCAUAAAAAAUGUGAAGUCAAACUAAAUGCCAUGCCCUGGUUUCAUGGAAGUAUCUCAAGAGAUGAAGCUGAACAUUUGCUUCAGCCACGUGAAGAUGGUUUAUUUUUAGUAAGAGAAUCGACUAAUUUCCCUGGUGAUUAUACGUUAUGUGUUUGUUAUCAAGGAAAAGUUGAACAUUAUCGUGUAAAAUAUUUAGAAAAUAAAUUAACAAUAGAUGAUGAAGAAUACUUUGAAAAUCUCGGACAAUUGGUAGCUCACUAUGAAAAAGAUGCUGAUGGUUUAUGCACGCAAUUAAUAAAAUGUCUGCCAAAAAAAGGUAAACAAGAAUUUUGCAUCAAUUCAAAAGAAUUUGCAGAUAAAGGUUGGGUAAUACCCGAGUCAGAUUUGCAAUUAAGGGAAAGCAUAGGCAAAGGUGAAUUUGGUGAUGUUAUGCUUGGAAUAUUAAGAAAUGAAAAAGUUGCUGUUAAAAUGUUAAAAGAUGAUGGAGCCGCACAAAAAUUUUUAGCAGAAGCUUCUGUUAUGACUACAUUAGAACACGAAAAUCUCGUAAAAUUUAUUGGUUUAGUAUUUACAACAAAACACAUUUAUUUAGUGACAGAAUAUAUGAGUAAGGGAUCUUUAGUGGAUUAUUUAAGGUCAAGAGGACGGCAGCAUAUUACUAAAAAAGAUCAAAUUAAUUUUGCCUAUGACACUUGUUCUGGUAUGGAAUAUUUAGAAGCUAAGAAAGUUGUUCACAGGGAUUUGGCAGCUAGAAAUGUUUUAAUUUCUGAAAAUUGUGUAGCUAAAGUUUCAGAUUUUGGUUUAGCUAGGGAAGAAUGUUAUAAUCUAGAGGUUGGGAAGCUACCAAUCAAAUGGACGGCACCAGAAGCUUUAAAAGGGGGUAGAUUUUCAAAUAAAUCUGACAUGUGGAGUUUUGGAAUUUUACUUUGGGAAAUUUAUUCAUUUGGAAGGGUCCCAUAUCCUAGAAUACCACUUGCUGAUGUUGUCAAGCACGUUGAAGUUGGUUAUAAAAUGGAAGCGCCAGAAGGUUGUCCACCAGAAAUCUAUGAAAUGAUGAGACAAGCAUGGGACUUAAAUCCUUCGAAGAGGCCAACAUUUUCCGAAUUAAAAGUAAAAUUACUGCAGCUUAAAAAUACUACAACAUGAAAGCUAUCAUAUAAUAAUAAUAAAGUUAUUGACACUAACAAUAAAUUAUUAUGUCCAGAAAAUGAUAAAAAUGAUGAUAAGAACAACAACAAUACGCAAAAAGUUAGAAAUAAAGUUAUUACCAGUUAAAAAAAGGAAAAAAAAUCAUAAAAAAAUAAAAGCAAAAAAUAAUAAUACAAAAAACUAUAUUAUUUAAUAAUAAUACACUUAAUGUUAAAAAAAAAAAAACAAAUAAUUUUUGAAUGUCAUUAUAUUAUAAUACAUAAAAUAUAAUGCAUAUUAAUUAUAAUUUUAAGAAUAUUGUGAAAAUGAAUUAAUUAAAAUUUGAACUGUUUAAAAUGUUGAAAAGUUAUAUAACUUAUAAUUUUUAUUUUGUUAUUUUUCUUAUUUUUAUUUAAUUUAAAUUUAUUUAAACAUAAAAAAUGUCCACGAUUUAAAAUGUACACCUUCCGUCUUUAUAUAUUACUUUAUAAUAAUUUUUCUUAGAUUUUUGUAAAUGUAUAAAAAAAAAUAUUUUUCUUUUUAUUAGUAGUUUUUAUUAAUUCUAUUUCUAGAACUAUAUUAAUAAUUUUAUUCUGUUAUAGAAAUUUUAUACAACUUAAUUUAUUUUCAAAACGCUAUACAAAAAACAAUGAAAGUCCGAAAAUUUAAAUUUUUAAAAAUUUAGUUAUGCACUAGGUAAAUUAGAGUAAAAUAAAAAAAAAAACAAAAGAAAAAUAAUUUAAUACUACUUAAUUCAUUUAUGUAUGUAUGCACGAAACAAUUUACCACUACCAUUUCCCAAAAUCAUAAAACUUCAAAACUUGAAAAUUUUCUAUAUUUUAAUACAAUAUUUUUUUAAAUAUUAUUAAAAUCAAAAACAAUAGUUAAUAAACAUUGAAUUUUGUCGACAAUGUUUACCAAUAAAUAUUUACAUUUUGUAUAGUAUGUGUCAAAAGUAUUGAAUGUAUUUUGUAAAUAUUUUAUAAAAAACUUCAAUUGAAAAUCAGAAAAUUUCAAACUAAUUUUAAAGCUAAUUUAUCUUCAUUGAAAUUUUGUAAAGAUAUUUUAUUAUAUAACAAACCUUUCUCUUUAACGACUGUGCAGCUAUUGUCUAGAUAAUUGUUUAAAUAAAUAUAUUUAUUUUUUUGUACUUGUAUUAUAUUGGUGUACCUACAUAUUUAUUUAAAAAAAACUACUUAAGUAAUUUUGUGUAAUCUCAUCAAAAUUAAAAUUGCUUAUUUAUCUAUAUAUUUUACAUUUUCCCUCUUUUAUAAACAUUGGUUCGUGAUUUUUGCAAAUUUACAAAAAUAAAAUAGACAAAAAAAAAGGAAUUUUUAUUGUUUUUUUUUUAUAUAUAAAUAUUAUCUAAUUUUUAAUCUUUAUUUGUAAAUAAUUUUUAGUAAUUGUAAUUUAAGAUGAACGUAAAUAUGAUUUAGCGGUGAUAGCGAAACAUUACUUUUUAAGUGUAUAUUAAAAAUUUAAAAUUAAAUAAUAAAAAGUAUGAAAAAAUAUUACCUACAUAUAUAAAUUAUAAACUUUAGUCUCGAUGUUUUAGUUUAAAAAAAAAAAAAAAACAAAAAUUCUGAUCAAUUUCAAUUAUACACAUAAAAUAAAGCAAAAUAUUUAUAUAAUUGCAACAAAAUUAAAAAUAAAUCGUAAAAUUACAUAUUAUAAAAAGAAAACCAUAAAAUUAUAAAAAAAGAAUUUUAUUUUCUUUAUUUGCAGAUAAUUUUAAAUUUAUUAUACAUGUAUGUAUAUACAAUAUGCAAUCAUAAAAUAAUUUUAUUGUAGAUAAAUAAAUAUAAAAUUAAAUUAAAGCUUCUAAAAGCAAAUGUGUAAAAAUUUUUUUUUAUUUGUAGACACUAUUUUUUUUUUCAAAAGUAUAUCAUAUAUACGAAUAUAUAAGUGCCAAUCAGUUUAAUAAGGAUAAAAAUUAUUUUUGAUUUAUUUUUUUAUCGAGAAAUCGAAAUUGAUUGCUGCAGAUUUUUAACAAUAUUAAAGUAUGGAUAUGGAAAAGAGAAAGUCAUAACAAAAUUUCUAUAUAUUCUAAAUUUCUUUUAUCGUUUUGCAUUCAUAUCAUAAAAAAUAAUUAGUUUAUUUAAUAUUAAUACAAUUUUCUUUUUUAAUUUUUAUUUUUUAUUUAUGAAUGUGACAUAAGAAUUUCAUUAAUAUACCUUUAAAAUUAACAAUAUAUAUUUUUUCAUUUAAUUUUUCAUAAAAUUUAGUAAAUAAUGAGCAUAAAUUAAAUUUUUUAUGCUUUAUAACCGCAUGCUUUACCCAUAUUCUAGGUACAAUAACUAUUAUUUUUGUCAAAACUAACUAAGUAUGUAUUAUUCUUUUAAAAAUUAAUAUUCUUUUUUCAAAUUUUAAUUUAAAUAAUCGUUUUAAAAAUUAACCGAAACAAAAUCCAUGUUUGUUAAUAACAAAAUCAAGUCAAAAAAUUUCUUAAUAAAAAUACACACUAAAAAAAAGGGAAUUUUCACAUAUUAUGUUUAUGCAUAUAUUUAUAAAAAAAAAUUAUUACAUAAAAAAAGAAAUCAAAUUAUUAGAUAGUUUAUCCUUAUAUUCAAUAUUGUUAUUAAAUACAUUAUGAACGCAUAAUAAUAUAUAAACUAAAACAUUGAAACUUUUUUAAAACAAGAACUAAACUACUUAGAUUAUUGGAAAUUUAAAAUAAAAAGAAAAUUAAUAAAUAACACAUAAGAAUGAUUUAUAUAAAUCAAUAUCAGUAAUAACAAU